CUUGUGAUUGUACAUAAUAAGUGUGCGGUACUCUUAGAUAUAAAACAUGAUAAAUGUGUAAUUUUAUUUUAAUGACUUGGAUCUUAUUAAUUUAGUAUGUAGUUUAGUAUAUAUAUAUAUAUAUAUAUUGUCGUAUUAAUGUUAAGUGUAUGCGAGUGAUUGUGAUGAAUAAGAAGUGGGAGGAUGUCCAAAGUCAAGCAUCAUUUAGCUUUCGGUAUUCUUAGAUCUUUGCUGCACGUGGUAUAAGUAGAGUCAGUUGAUAAAUUAGUGAUUUUAUAUUUUUAUUAUUUUUAAAUUUUAUACAAUUUAUCUAAUAGGUUUUAAUUACUGGUGGGAAAAUAAAUAGAUAUUUAUUUAUAUUUUUAAUUGUAAGAAGAAAAAAAUAUGACAUUUUUUGUGAAAUGUUGAUUUGAAAUAAUAUGAGAGAUAAAUGAUAACGCGGUUGUAGUGAAAUUUUUUGUAAUUAAAAUUAUCUAAUUUAAUAUUUACGAGAUUAUUGUUUACUUAGUAUUAAUUGAGCCAAAGAAAAUUUACUAGUAUUAGUACAUUAGAUAUUAAACACAUGCAAUAAAAAAAACACGACGGAUUUGUAACAAGGUUUUAACUAAAACUGCGUGAGGAGAUCUAAAUAAAUAUAAUUACACAUCUGUGAUUAUAUUAAUUAAUUAUUAUAAUAUUGCUUCAUUGACGUUUUCAUCGAGAUAUUGUUGUGAUAUAAUAAAAAAUGACGGCUGCAGAAACUACCAAAGCUGAAGAAGGUGAACCCCGAGCAAAAAUAGAAACAUUUGAUGACAUAUUGCCUUAUGUCGGUGAAGCUGGUCGUUAUCAGCUGAUUUUAUUUAUUAUAUUAUUACCCUUCACGUUUGUUUAUGCAUUUCUCUACUUCACACAAUUUUUCCUGACACUGGUUCCUAAUGAACACUGGUGCACUGUUCCAGAACUCAAUGGCUGGAAUUUAACUGAUGCACAAAAAAUAAGUUUAUCAAUUCCAUCGGCGAGCGAUGUAAUUGAAGCUCAAUCCGAGGGUACGACUCAUUUUUCGAGAUGUCAUAUGUACGCUGUAAAUUUUACGGAAAUAUUAAAUGCUGGUAUAAGAGAAGCUGAUCCUUCAUGGCCUACUAAACCAUGUCAGCAUGGGUGGAGUUUCAAUUAUACUGCGGUACCAUAUGCAUCGAUUGCCGCCGAACUCGAGUGGGUUUGUGACAAAAAUUAUUUAUCCUCAGCAGCACAAUCCGCUUUUUUCAUAGGCAGUAUAAUUGGAGGUUUCAUAUUUGGUUACAUUGCUGAUCACUAUGGAAGAAUACCGGCAUUAGUAUCGUGUAAUGCUGUGGGAUUCUUCGCGUCAGUGGCCACCGCAUUUUGUGAUAAUUUUUGGACUUUUGCGUUGGCACGUCUAGUCGUCGGAUCAUCAUUUGACAACUGCUUUAAUAUACUUUUCAUAAUAACUAUUGAGUAUGUCGGACCAAAGUAUCGUACGUUAGUGGCAAAUAUGUCAUUUGGUAUAUACUUUGCUGCUGCUGCGAGUUUAUUACCGUGGAUUGCUUAUUGGAUAGCCGAUUGGCGUAUGCUCAGUUGGGUAACAGCAUUACCAUUGAUUACCGCAUUCCUCGGGCCUUGGAUUGCACCUGAAAGCGCUCGAUGGUAUUUGAUGGCUGGCAAAGUUGACAAAGCCAUUGAGAUGCUCAAAAAAUUCGAGAAGGUCAAUGGGAAAACUGUCAAGCCAGAGAUUUAUGAUGAAUUUGAAAAAAGUUGCAGGGCUAUGGUUGAAAAAGACAAGAAAUUAAACAACUAUACUGUACUUGAUUUGUUCAGUAAGCCAAGAUUAGCUCGUAUUACUGUUGUACUUGUCAUUUAUUGGUUGUUAAUAAUUUUGACAUUUGAUGGACACGUCUGGAAUAUGAAAUUACUUCAUCCCGAUGUAUUUACAUCAUUUUCCUUAGCAGCACUGACAGAACUACCCGCUGCAAUAUUACUAGCAUUAUUCCUGGACAAAUGGGGACGUAGAUGGAUGGGUUUUGCAUCAAUGCUCAUUUGCGGAAUAUUCUCGUUCAUCGCGCUAGCAACGCCCGAGGGUUCCAUUACCGUCGCCAUGGCGAUUCUAGCUCGUCUGGGUGUCAAUGUUGCUGCUAAUAUAGGCUUCCAGUAUGCCGCCGAAAUGCUGCCGACUGUCGUCAGAGCUCAGGGAGUUUCUCUUAUUCAUAUAAUUGGUUACUUUGCUCACAUAAUUGGACCCUAUGUCAUUUACUUGGCUGAUGUUAAAAAGGAACUGCCAUUAAUUUGUCUGGGAUUGAUAGCAAUAAUAGACGCGUUUCUUACAUUAACCUUGCCAGAGACAUUAGAUCAAGAAUUACCGGAAACGCUUCAAGAAGGUAAUGACUUUGGUAAGGAACAAAGUUGCUGGUGGGUUCCUUGUUUAUCAACAUCUCAUGAAAAGAAGAAAAAAUACCGAAGAAAGGUGGGAGCUGUCAACGCCGGUUAUAAUCCAGGAAGUCUUACAAAAAUAGACUCCACUAGAUUAUAACAAUUGUAAUUAAUUAGUAAUUAAAAAUAUUAUUUAAAAACACUUGUAAAAAAAAAUAUUUAAUUAAUGCAAACAUUUUUUUUCGGCACAGAAAAUUUAUUUCGUUAAUUUAGCUGAUACUUUUUGGUUACUUUUUUUAUUGUUUAUGUUCUUUAAUUAAUCAUUAGUGUACUAAUGAACUAUAAUUUAAUUAGUAAUAGAUUAAAAAAUAACAAUCAAAUACUUUUUUCACUUGAAAUUAUUCGCGUACUU